AUAAGUAAUUUCAAAAGUUGUUCUCUCUCUCUCCCCACAAGGGAAGAAAACCAAAGAGGCUGGAAGGGCGCAACCUCGUUGGAUCAGCGAACAUCCCUCGACAAUGUUCUGAUCAAAACCCAUUUCGCAUGAACACCAAACAAAUCCUACUCUGUGGAAUUCGAUGAUCUGAUCAUUAAUCCAAACGAGUAAGAUCACGGAGCCAGAGAGAGAGAGAGAGAGAGAGAGAGAGAGAGAGAGAGAGAGAGAGAGAGAGAAGAACCCGAAAUGAGCGGGAUACAAGCGAAGAACCCUAAGAAACCGAAAGUAGAAGCAGAAGAAGAAGACGAAGCUAACGUCUCUUGCAGAGAAGAGCAGGAAGAAGCCCUUGUCGCUUUGGUCGAACACCGAGCCGAUGAAGUCGAGCGUAUCAAGCAGCGUAUAUCCGAUUACGAAACCAAGCUUAUUGAAGCGGAAAGGAGUUUGCGAGAUGCGAAAGCCAAAUUAGCCUGCCUUCGUGGUGAAGAUGAGGCUAAUGAAACCAAGAUUGCAAACGGGGAAAGACGGUCGAAGAUUCUGAGAAAUGCGAGUGAAGGGUCUAUGACAAGCCCUACUCAGUCUAACAAAGAGCGUGCUGCAGUACCCAACAAGAAUGUAAGACCCUGCAAUAGCUCUCAUACCCAGGGCAGUAACUCUAAGCACAUAGCUGCUGCAAAGCAAAAAAUAGCAAAGUCUCAUGAUGGCCAUGCCGUAGAAGCUAGUGGAGGUCGAGAUAGAGGGACGAAAAGGAAGAUUGAGCAAAAGGAACACAAAGAAGUGAUUCGGUUUAUAGGUAGAAACUCUUCACCAACCACCAUCAAGUGCCAUACUAGCAACCAAAUCUCCAGUCAGCACAAGAGGAAAUUAAGAAGCCUAAUUCUGUGUCCGGUAAAUGAUCAGCUCUUUGCAACAAGUUCUCUGGAUGGUAUGGUGAACUUGUGGCAACUGCAGCCUGGGAGGUUGGCUGCAUCUUUGCUUAGUACUGCAGAUUGCUUGUCCCCGAAACAGAGAAGAUGGGCAGAAGAUAUGGCAUGGCAUCCAUCUGGGGAUAGAAUUUUCUCGGUAUAUACAGCUGAUGAUGGAGACUCUCAGAUAUCGGUCCUGAAUCUGAACAAGACACAUGGGAGUUCAAGAGUAACUUUCUUGGAGAACAAGCCUCAUGUAAAAGGAAUUAUCAACAACAUAGUGUUCAUGCCAUGGGAAAAUACAACCUUUGUCACGGGGGGAAGUGAUCACGCUGUUGUUAUGUGGAAUGAGAGUGAUGAAGAAAACAAAUGGAAGACGAGAUCCUUACAUAGGAACCUUCAUUCUGCUGCUGUAAUGGGAGUAGCUGGGAUGAGGCAUAAACAUGUUGUGUUAUCUGUUGGGGCAGACAAGAGAAUAUACGGGUUCGAUGUUCAAGUUGGAAGAGCAGAUUACAAACAUCAGAUCGAGUAUAAAUGCAUGAGCGUCCUCCCGAACCCUAGCGAUUUUAAUCUUUUCAUGGUUCAAUCCGGGGAACCCGAGAAGCAGCUGCGACUGUUUGAUAUAAGGUUAAGGCAAACCGAACUCCAUUAUUUUGGGUGGAAGCAGGAUAGCAGCGAGUCACAGUCAGCUUUGAUAAACCAAUCUUGGUCUCCAGAUGGUCUAUGCAUCACAUCUGGUUCAGCCGACCCCGUCAUCCACUUUUUUGACAUCAGGUACAACGGGCAUAAGCCAUCUCAAUCUAUAAAGGCGCAUCAGAAGCGGGUUUUCAAGGCCGAAUGGCAUUACUCUCAGCCACUUCUCAUCUCCAUAUCUUCCGACCUUAACCUCGGCCUCCACAAGAUCUCUUGAAAGUGUUUUUUUUUUCAGCUCAGAAGCUCUUGUUCUCCCCAUUGCUCUUCCAUGGAGAGAUGUGAAGGUUCUAGUCAAAGUAAAACACAUAUUAGCCCUCUCUUUAAGGAAUGUUAAAUAUUCAUAUUGAUUAUUCAAAACAUUUGUUAAAUGACGAGCAGUUCCAAAUAGUGCAUGCGUUCUUCUUCACA